AUGGCGGCAGUGACUCGAGGUAUCUCAUCUGCUUCGGCCAAAGGGACAACAAUACCCAUCUUUCUUGCGCCUGCUUUCUCCUCCACUUCUCCCUUUGUCGCCCUCCCUUCCUUGCGAUGCUUUUCCACCACUAUAUCCCGAGAGUCUCGUCGAGAUAAGCACAAUACAAACAAUAAAAAGAGGGGGGUAUCAGCUAUGCGUGGCACAGGGCCUAUGGUCAAUAGAGGUCUCUGGAGAUAUGAUCUACCCGAACCCGUCACUCGUGUCCGCGUGCCUCAGCAGUCCGACUAUGAGGAUACCGCCAACCACGGUCUGUGGGGGUUCUUCCAUGAAAGUAGGCAAGCAAUGCUUGCGCCCGCGGCAGAGGCUUCACACGGUCGUGCUUGGAGCUACUCAGAACUGUCGGUCAAGAGUUUUGAUGAUCUACAUAAGCUUUACUGGCUGUGUGUGAAGGAACAAAACAGAGUGCUUACUGGAAGUAAGGAACUCGGUCGUGUCCGAGCAGGCUAUGGACUCGGGGAGAUAGACGAAAAAUUACGCUUGAUCAAAUCCACAAUGAGAAACAUCAGGGAGGUCCUCGCUGAUCGACAAUUUAAAUACGAAGAGGGCAUGGCAUUAUUCAAUCAAGAAGCUUUGUCCACUUUGCUGCCUGAGGACGCGCUAAACGAAGACGAUUUCUAUUCAAAUUUCAAUGAAGUCGAGACCUCGAAUAACUCUGUGGAUUCCCCGGAGACCGAAAAUAUUGAAAUAGUGCCGAUUGUUGAAGCACCGUCUACGGUCAAAGCCAAGUCCAAGUCUCCAAACCAGCGGAUGGUUUUGAAGGAUAGGGUGCUGAGGUUGAAAUGA